AUGGAAAAUGAAAUCAGUAAUACCAUAAUAAGAAUACCGGACUUUGCUGAGCUAUCACCAAUUAAAGCUUGUUGUUAUUUUGGUUCUGUUAACAUUUUUUAUUUCCUCAUUUCAAAUCUCCAAACUUCAAUAACUCACGAUUGCCUUGUUUAUUCUAUCAUCGGUGGUAACGUCGAUAUUAUCAAUAAAUGCAUGGAAAGUAAUAAAAUAGACAAGAAAUGCUUAAACUACAUUGUUUCAAGUCAAGUAGUAGGAUAG